UGAUUCCACCUGUCUAAUCAGUAGUCCUUGGCUUUCAGUAGACUACAUCCACACUGGCCCCUGACUCAGACACAUUGUACCUGAACAACCUGUACCUGACUUUCCCUUUGAUAGUACUUGGAAACCAGGCAGCUUCAAAAACAAAAAUCAAUCAAUUUCAUCUGCGAUAAUGGAAACUAAACGUCCAGCAACGAAUACUAGUUAAAGAUCAUGACACUCCGAGCUUGCGGCUUUAUAAUAUUUCGCCGCCUGGCACGACGUCCUUCCCCAGACAGCAUCGAGUAUCUUCUCCUGCAAACCUCAUAUGGAGAACACCACUGGACUCCACCCAAAGGUCACGUUGAUCCUGGAGAGGACGACCUGACCACAGCAUGGAGAGAGACACGGGAGGAGGCGGGUUUGGGUGAAGAGCAUCUGCGUGUGGUUGAUGGCUUUCUGCAGAGAUUGCAUUAUCAAGUGCGGGGUAAGGAGAAGGAGGUCCUCUAUUGGCUGGCUGAGCUUCGUGACCCCAGCGUUAAAGUCAAACUCUCGGACGAACACCGGGACUACCGCUGGGCCGAGCUGGAGGAGGCGUGUAGGCUUGCGAAUUAUACGGAUCUACAAGACACUCUUAAAAACGUCCAGCGCUUUUUAGAGAAGGCAGGAAAGAAACACUGAUUCCACUUUGUUGCACCGAUGAGAUGAAUCAUUCAUAUAAACUGUAUACAUUGAAUAUCCUAUUCAAGACUGUUUUUAAUUUGCCUUUACAAUGAUUCGUAUAAAUCAUGCACCUUAUAUGUGCUAUAACUCUUAAUAAUGCUGUUCUUUAUGUAAUUUCAUCAACACUCAAAAGAUACUGCAGAAACCAAAUAAAAGUAAUUCGCCGUUGUUCCCUCGUGCAGAAAUAAAGGCGUCUUAACGCUA